AGGGUGUAACGUGUCCGAAAUCUAACACUAUGAGCUAUUAGUUUCCGUCGUCGAACGGUUCAAACUUCACACCAUAACUAUUUCUUGUUGCUAAUUAUUGCUUUCGUUGUUAGCUGAAGGUCCGUCGAAUGCUUAUUAGGCCAUAACCAUCCACAUUCUUCCAUCUUUUUCACAUUAAUCCUUCCCAUUCACCGAACACAACGUACCCACAAACUAAACUAAAACCUACAAAUAUCUCAAAGUGAAUUUUUGUGCAAUAAUGGGCUCAGAAGCUGUGAAAGUUGUUGUCAGAGCACGACCACUAAACGAACGUGAACAUUUGCUCAAAUGUGAUAAUAUUCUUGAGGUAUUCAGCGAUACUGGCCAGUGUUCGAUUAUAAGCCCAAACGACAAGAAACGCCCACCAAAAAUAUUUUUCUUUGAUGGAUCAUAUGACCAGAAUUCAACUACCGAACAAAUAUACAAUGAUGUGUGUUACCCUCUAGUAGAAGGGGUUACUGAGGGCUACAAUGGCACAAUAUUUGCUUAUGGACAAACCGGUUGUGGAAAAUCCUACACUAUGCAGGGAGUAUAUGAGCCACCAUUCCAAAAAGGAGUAAUUCCCCGUGCAUUUGAUCAAAUAUUUGAGACUAUGUCUGUAAGUGAAAAGACAAAAUAUUUGGUCCACGCAUCAUUUCUGGAAAUAUACAAUGAAGAAGUUCGUGACCUCUUGGGACAUGACUACAGAGCUAAAUUAGAGCUAAAGGAGAAUCCAGAUAAAGGAGUUUACGUUGCUGGCUUGUCAAUGCAUAAAAUAACUUCAGUUGCAGAAUGUCAGGUAGUGACUUAUCAUUAAAAGUUUAUUGACUUCUAAAAUUGUAUUGAGAAGGCUUUCGGAACAAUGAUUAGUCUCAACACAUUCUCAUCUAAUUACUUAGUUGGUAUUCAAAAUUAACAAAAACAAGCCGUUAUAUUUUACAUAAAUAAAUGUUUGAAAGUAGAGUAUGGAUUUAUGAUUGCUAGAUGUUAUGCGCCUUAGAAAAAUAUAAAGCUUUGUAGGUCACUAAGAUAUCUCGUGCUAACCCUGCAUUAAUAACAAGCAGCACGAAAUAUAAUGUUAUCUUUUACUCUUUUGUGUAAAACUGAAAUAAAAGACGUCGAAUUUUUCUAUAUUUUAACCAUUUCAUUUCUUAAUUUUCAGAGCCUCGCACUAAAAGUCAUUUUAACUAAAUGGAGUUUCGAAUGUUAUAUCUAAAAUUGUGGGUGGUUUGUGUUUUAGGAGCGACAACAGCACUAAAAACUGAGGAUGAAAUCUUAUUAUAGUAACUAACAACGGAUAUGAAGUAACAUCAUAAAGAAAAGCUUAACAAAAUACCACAUACAACUAGUUAUUUUCUAGCUGAGAAAUAAUAUAAUUGAAGCAAUAAAUAAUACAGGAUGUGACAAAUGCUUGUUUUAGAUUAAACCCAAGGAACUACUUGAUAAUGAUUAAGUCAUUUAAUUUUCCAUACGUAUAUUGGGUUUA